CAUACACUUCUCAUCCUUCGAGCUCGUUCCCUACAUUGUCGUAUGCAGUUCGAUCGCCGUCGCAAUCUGACUGAUAUCGCCCGGCCGCGGGCUCCUAGCACUGCGCGCACAAGCCGUCGCAGAUGGCAUGCAGCUAUUGUACUCGUGACCUGCUUAUGUCUAGCAUCUGAUACGGAACAGAACUAUGGCUCGGGCUUUCGAGUACACCCCGUUAGACCCUGCUGACACUCGGGCAUUCCGCGUCCUUGAGCUGCUUCCCUCCACUCAUAUCGAAGAUUCCGUACACUGCGAACUACGGAAUUAUAGUCUGAGCGGCGAUAUCGAGUACGAAGCUUUGUCUUACGCUUGGGGGGAAGACGUGCCGGAAUGUCCCAUCCUCAUCAAUGGUCUUGGUACAGUAGACGUAACUAGGUCCUGUGUUGACGCGUUGAGACAUAUUCGACAUGAAGUGCGCCGCAGGGCUUUGUGGGUUGAUGCCAUUUGUAUCAAUCAACGUGAAGAUGAUACAAGCAGGCAGGAGCGAAACCAUCAAGUGAAUCUCAUGUUCGAGAUUUACACGAAAGCCCGGGGUGUACUCGUCUGGCUGGGACCCAGUGAUUCAAGCACGCCACGCACAAUGGCAAUGUUGAAAUUGGCGUAUGAGCUGAAAUACUGGGCACCCUGGGAAGGCACCAUUUUUUCAAGGCGCAAGUCAAAAAGGUCGCGCGAUUCUACACUUUCUAAACUCAGAACUAGUGCCUCUAAACGGCUAUUGAAGAGCAUGUUCCAAAGAAGCAACGGAGCCCCAAAACCUCAGUAUCAUGCUCUCGCAGCUAUAAUACAUAGCUCUUGGUGGCAAAGAGUCUGGACUCUGCAAGAGGAUAUUCUUGCAGAUCGAUGCGUGGUGUUUCAUGGCCGACGCAGAAUUGAGAUGAUCGCUUUGACCACCAGCAGUUCUUUUCUUCUGGAAGAACUCAGUAUGAUGAUGGGAAAAUACUUUCAUCUCAAUCACAUGGCCAGGGAACGUAUGAGAUUCAUGCGCAUGGUGAUUGAACAGGCGACUUCGGACCAAGAACCCAAGAUAAAUACUGAUCGAUUCGUACACCAUUCAAGCGGUAUUGUUUUGGAGAGCUUAUUCAAUUUGGCAUUCCUGCUACAGAGUAAGAAGUCUAUCGACAAGAUAUACGGCCUCCACGGUAUCAUGACAUAUUACUGCGGCCUCCCCAUACCGGAGCCAGACUACGGGAAGUCAUUUGAGGUGGUCUAUAUGGAGACAGCAUGGGCCUGGAUUGACACUCGACAUGAUCUCAGUAUUCUCAAGCUCGCAGUCCGCAAAGAAAGCUUCGAACAUCUGCCUUCAUGGGUACCGGCUUGGCACAGCGAGCAUCCCAACUUUCCUCGUAGCGUCGCAGAUUCUGGUAGCAGCAUCCUGGAGUCUUUGUACAUGAAUCCAGAGGUACAUCCUUUAUUCAAUGCCCAUCACUUCUCGUGGGAUUACAUGUCUAAUGACAGCUUACGAAAGGACUCCUGGGAAGAAGUACAGCAGUCGGGCCCGAUAGUAGCACUGUUGCCAGGCGGGCAGCUUCACGUUUUCAGAACGUGCUGCGUAGGCAUAAUUCAUUCUGCCGUUGGAAUUGAUAAGCCGGGGGACUAUCGGCAACGCGAUAUGGAAAGUUAUCUUUUGAUUCAUAUCCGUUGGGUCAAGCUUACACAGUCUGUGUCUUCAACAACUACCUUUGAGCAGGAGACGGCGAUGCUUGAGAUGUUUCGGUCGCUCGACACACCUGGUAUAUAUGGAUCUGAAGCGAAGGGAAGUGCUUUCAGAGACCGUUUCAAAAUGUUCUGCGCAUGGGCGGAGUUCAUUCUUAGCCUGGAUUUAGCUGAUGACAUUGAAGAUCCGUCUCAUACGACGGACACGGAUCGCAACCCCCUGAGGAAAUGGAACGCAGCUGUACAAAUCUACGCCAAGGUGGUCAGAUCUAAAAAGUCAGAAACGAUAGCUGUACUCCGGAAGCAUUUCGUUGGUAGAUCUCAGACUGACCAAGAAAUAGUUUACAUGGCGAAGGCAAUCCACGAAAUGUACAGAAGCUUUAUAAGAGUACGCAACCAUAGCCUCUGUUUGCUUGGCAACAACAACAUGAUGGCCGUCACGAAUUACUGGUGUCGAGAAGGCGACGAAGUUUUUGUUCUACCAAAUACUGACUCUCCCUUUGUCUUGCGCAAGGAGACAGAUCAGGGCGCGUACCGGUUGGUAGGUGUUACAAUCGCCUUUUGUAACCAACCAGAUGCUAACACCUAGCAAAUGCUAACACGCUUAGCAUAAUAUUACACAGGCUAUCCUAUAUAGCGUAGUUUUAUUGCAAGUUAUAUAACAAGCUUACUCCUUAGUAGUUAAGCUAAAGUAGGUCUUAUAUAGAGCUUGCACAGCUUAUAUUAAGCUUAGUAAGCCUAGCUUAUAUAGCUUAUAUUAAGCCUAGUAAGCUACUACACUCUCUAUAGUAUAUAAUCUUAACCUAACCUUUAAGCUAGAUAGUCUACUUUAUACUACUUAUUAUUACUUCUUACUUUUAAAAUAGAUAGAUUAUAUCUA